UUAUGCUAUUCGAUUCUAUCUUAUCAUUCUAUUUAUUCUAAACAAUUCCAGAGAUUUUCGAGUUUUUACUCUUUGCCUUGUACGUUACAUUUGUACUGUGUAAUCAACACAAUAUAUAGAGUAUAUUGAUCAUAAAUAAUUACUGAUUUAAGCCGGUUAAGCGAGAAUCUUAAAAAAUGGCUGAGAAACAAGACAUUUCACCAAAACAAGACCAAGGAGUCCUUAAGCAAAUUUUAAAAGAAGGAACUGGAACCUCUUUACCUCCCCAGGGCUGUAAGGUUAAAGUUCACUAUACCGGCACAUUAUUAGAUGGCACCAAGUUCGAUUCCAGUAGAGACAGAAAUGAGCCUUUUGAGUUUGAUUUGGGAAAAGGCAGUGUAAUUAAAGCAUGGGAUAUCGGCGUAGCCAGCAUGAAAAAAGGCGAACAAGCCCUUUUGACAUGUGCUCCGGAAUACGCCUAUGGAGAGUCAGGAAGUCCCCCAACCAUUCCACCUAAUUCCACUUUAGUUUUUGACGUAGAGGUACUAGACUGGAGAGGAGAAGACUUAAGCAAAGACGGAGGUAUUGAAAGGGUCGAAACCCUAAAAGUUGGAGAAGGAUUCACUACGCCUAAUGAGGGCUCACUUGUCGAAGUUCAUAUCACCGGAAUAUAUGAAGGCCGAACGUUUGAGGAUCGAGAUGUCACUUUUAACAUUGGCGAAGGCUCAGACCAGGGUGUCAUCGAAGGCAUAGAAAAAGCCCUGAAAAAAUUCAAGAGAAACGAAACUUCGAGGCUAAAAAUCGCUGCAAAGUACGCGUUUGGUAAAGAGGGUGCCAAAGAAUUCGGUAUACCACCGAAUGCCACGGUUGACUACUUGGUUACGCUGAAAAACUUCGAAAAAGCGAAAGAAGGUUGGGAGAUGGACGUUGAAGAGAAAAUUGAACAGUGUAAAUUGUUUAAGGAGAAAGGAACAAACUAUUUUAAGAACGGAAAGUAUCAGUUGGCUAUUAAGCUGUAUAAGAGGAUCCAAACACUCUUGGAAGGUGAAUCUGAAACGGACGGCGAGACAAGCAAAGAACGGGCAGCACUUCUCCUAGCGUCCUACCUAAACACAUCCCUCUGCCACCUAAAACUGAACGAUAAUUUCGAAGCGAAAGCGGCUGCCACAAAAGCCUUAGAACUGGACCCGACAAACGAGAAGGCGUUAUUCAGAAAGGGCCAAGCCCUACUCGGGUUAUCAGAGGCCCAACUGGCCGCCAAAGAAUUCUCCGAUUGCCUUAAAAUCGACCCGAACAACUCCGCCGCUAAGGCCCAACUGGCCGCGUGCAACAAAAUCCUCAAAGAUCAACUGCAAAAAGAGAAGAAGAUUUACGCGAACAUGUUCGAUAAAUUUGCGAAAAUGGACACUCAGAGGGAGGAAAGUGAGAAGGGAAAGGAGCCGAACGUAAUGAGUUGCGUGGGCGAAUGGGGUAAAGAAGACAGGGAGCGGGAACCGAGCGAAUUCGAAAAGGAAAACCCGAAUAUUUUGUUGCUUAAUAGCAGUGGAGAGUUUAAGGACAUGUAAUUUGAUGGAAACACGUUUUUUCGUAUAAUAUAUUCAGUUUUAUUACGCUAUAGUAAAAACUGUCCCAUAUACAGGUUGUGUUAAAAACGAUUACGCGUGUAGUAUCAAUAAUCGAAUGCACACCCUGUAUAGACAGUCGUUUUCAUAGUUGUUUAGUUGUGUCAUAACUAAGGAACCGUGGAAAGGCCUGUGCACAUGUUGUAGAAUAAAUCGAUCAUUCCAUUAAAUAA